GACGCGGGGGCCACCGCACGCCGCUCAGUUCGCGCUGCCCUGCGCCCGCGGGCGUACCCAGGACAGUUAAUGGCAGACGCCCGGGCUCCAGGCCGGGAGCAUGGACUCCGUCGGCUGCGCGGCAGGGUCUCCCCGAAGAGGCCCCGUUCGUCGGGACGUUCCGGGGCACUUUCAGAAAGAUCCUGCGCUGAUCUUGGUUUGUGAGAACGUAUCUGGGAGUCCGUGUUAUGGGCGCUGCCGUUGAGCCCGCUGCUUCUUCACUUCUGUAUAGUUAGAACCCCAACCUGCUUCACUACUCCCAACGGAAACGAUCAUGCCCAUGACUGUGCCCCCGACUGAUGUAACAAAAGGUCCUCACCACCCCUUAACUGUACCGGUCGCACGAUCACAUCUGCGUAUUCUCAGCACCGUCCAAGUUUUAAUGACCUUCCUUUUCUUUGAAUACCGCUUAGGCGAUUAACUCAAAUCCAGUUCUCAGCAUUUUGUCAGACGCAGGAAAAAGACAGUUAAAGAGGGAGCCCACCCAGUCCAUUAGGGAGUCAGCUAUGAAGUGCGUGGAGAAAGCAUGUUUAUUUAUAGCUAGUGGUAUUGGGCUCUGUUCACUCCAGGUGAGUGAAACUUGAUGUAAUUGGACUUCAAAAGAAAGGAAUCCAGUUGUUUCACUUAGUUAAAAAAAACCCUUGCAAAAACUUCAGGCGUGGUUGAACAUAGCACUUGCAAUCAGUAAUCUGCACAGCUUGACACAGGUGACCUCUGUGCCAACUUCAUUCGAAGAUGAGCAGCAACAGCAACAAGAGAGCUCCGACAACAGCAACCCAGAGGCUGAAGCAGGACUACCUUCGGAUUAAGAAAGACCCGGUGCCUUACAUCUGUGCUGAACCCCUUCCUUCAAACAUCCUUGAGUGGCACUAUGUUGUCCGAGGCCCUGAGAUGACCCCUUAUGAAGGUGGCUAUUAUCAUGGAAAGCUGAUUUUCCCCAGAGAAUUUCCUUUUAAGCCUCCUAGUAUUUACAUGAUAACACCUAAUGGAAGGUUUAAGUGCAACACAAGACUGUGUCUCUCCAUCACGGACUUCCAUCCUGAUACGUGGAACCCAGCCUGGUCUGUCUCUACAAUUCUGACCGGACUGCUGAGCUUCAUGGUGGAAAAAGGCCCCACCCUGGGCAGUAUAGAGACAUCAGACUUUACGAAAAGACAACUGGCAGCACAGAGUUUAGCGUUUAAUUUAAAAGAUAAAGUUUUUUGUGAAUUAUUUCCUGAAGUUGUGGAGGAAAUGAAACAAAAACAGAAAGCACAAGAUGAACUCAGUAGCAGGCCGCAGACUCUCCCCCUGCCAGACGUGGUUCCCGAUGGGGAAACCCACCACGGCCAGAAUGGGAUCCAGCUUCUCAAUGGGCAUGCUCCUGGUGCCGGCCCAAACCUCGCAGGGCUCCAGCAGGCCAACCGGCACCAUGGACUCCUGGGUGGUGCCCUGGCGAACUUGUUUGUUAUAGUUGGGUUUGCAGCCUUUGCCUACACGGUCAAGUACGUGCUGAGGAGCAUAGCGCAAGAGUGAGCCACAGUCCAGUUGCUGCGGGGGACGCAGGUGCCAGAGUUUGACUUGGGCCAGUGGGACGUGCUGCCGAGCCAGGGCAGGCCCACCAGACUCCUGGGUUUCACUUUUUAAAAAC